CCCGCCCAGAUCCUAGCUAGGGUUUCCCCAUCUUCUCCCGCCGCCGCCACCAUGUCCGUCCAAGUGGGGAGCGCCGCCACCAAGUUCCCCACCAUUUUUGAGGUGCGGCUGGAGCACGCGACCCUCUUCAAGAAUCUCGUGGAGGCGAUCAGCGACCUGUUCAGUGAGGCCUACUUCAACUUCUCCAGCAGGGGCCUCGAUGUCCUGGCCCUCGACAGCAGCGACAUCGCGCUCGUUGCGCUCCUCCUCCGCGCCGAGGCCAUCAAUCACUACCACUGCGACCGCGCGCUCUCCGUGGGCCUGAGCCUCGCCGACAUGGCCAAGGCCUUCCGCUGCACCAACAACGACGACACCCUCACCAUCAAGCCCGUCGACGACAGGUUCAACAUACUUGCCUUCAAGUUCGAGUCGCCCAAUGGUGUGAUUUUGGAUAAUGAUUUCAAUCGCGUGGACAUCGAAUACGGGCCCUUCGAAAUCAAUGAAUUCCCGGAAUCCAAGUACCAGGCCAUAGUCCGCAUGCCCUCUGCCAUGUUUAUGGAUAUCUGCAACAAGCUCAGUUCCGGGGAGAGGGACACUGUUGUCAUCAUCUCGGUGGAUAAGGAGCGUGUCAGCUUCUUCACUGGGGGAAAAACUGGGAGCUCAUCAAUUGUCUGCAGGCCGACCCAAACUGUUGACAAGACAAAAGAACUUACCCUUAUAAAGUUGAAAGAACGGGUUUCCCUGACCUUUGACCUGAGGUGCAUGAACUCCUUCUCCAAGGCGUCUACCCUGUCUGAUCAAGUGACUAUCAGCCUUUCAUCCAUACAACCCACAGUGUUCGAGUACAAGAUCGCAGAGAUGGGCUACAUCAGAUAUUACCUGUCGCCAGAUGAGAUGCAGAAUGAUGAAGAUGACACUGCAAAGGAAGAUAAGAUGCAGAAUGAGGGAGAUGAGAUGCAGAACUGAUGAUAGCGGGGAUAUGCAUGGUCAUGUUGCCUCCUUUGUCUUUCCACCAUCAAUUGCUUGACUAUUGUUUGCAAGCAAAAAAGAUGUUAUGUCUAUCUAUUUAUUAUGCCUCAUCUAUUUAGGCCAGACAGUUUCAGCAGCUUGUAUGUAUCAGUAUCUGCUGUGAGUCAUUGGAGUCCUUGGAUUUAAAGUGAAUUUAGAUGAGUGGAUUUGUGCUU